AUGGUAUGGCCUCUGGUUCCCUCCCGCCGUGUUCCCCCCUAUCCUUUCCCCUUCUUCAAACCCUCUUCUCUGCCAUCUCAAGAUUUCGUUUCUGACAGAUUCCUGACCCGCACAUCUUGCUCGUUCGCAUUCAAUCACCACGAUCCAAUAAAAUACCACGUGAUGGCGUCGUCGCUUCCUCCCGCGCCAGAGUCCCUGGUCGACAACUUGCCGCCGGUCUCGCCCACAGCAGCGAUCAAGGCGGCUGUUGUCCGCAUUACUGCGGCCGCCACUGGCGGUGCUGUGCUCGGCGGUGCUCUAGGCUUUGGGCUGGGCUUUGUGGCGCGCGAGGGCACCAAGGUAACCAUGCGCGAGUCUGCCUUCGGCCUCAAGACCGUGGCUAUCAUGUCAGCUGUCUAUGCUGCCACGACAGCAGCUAUUGAGAACCUGAGGAAUGAUCUACUUGACAGUGCAAAGCCAGGGCUUGCUGGAUGUGCAGCUGGACUGGCAGCAAGUGUCCCAGGCUCUUUUGUGCGAAUUCCCCUCCUCCCCUUUUCCCCACCAUCCUCCUAUUUCCCCCGGCUCUUCUGUGCUAUCUCUCCUUCCUUGAACUCCUCCCCAUACGUCGUUUUCCCAAUGUCGUUCUUCUGCGGUCGUCGUCGUCUCUCUCUCUCUCUCUCUCUCAUCAUGUUCUCACUGCGUACAACUCUCCGUCCCCUCCGCGCCCACUUUCCGCGUGCACUCCCCGUGUCCAUUUACCGCGUGCACUCCCCGCAUCCAUUUUCCGCGUGCAUUCCCCGCGUCCAUUUCCCGCGCGCAUUUCUCGCGUCCGCUCCGCGCGCUUGCCUUCCCGCGCCGUCCGUUCCAUCAGCGGAAGCUCUUCUCCGCGUGCGCGCGACGCUUCAGCUGUCGCAGGAGUCCGCACUGCCGUCGUGGACCGAUGCGACGAGUCCGUGCGACGGCGGGUGGGAGGCGGACGUUAGAUGCGACCCUGACACCAACCAAGUCGUCCACCUUGACAUAUCCAGCUUGCAGCUUUCGGGGCCCAUCCCAGGCACGGAUCUCGCGCAACUCUCCUACCUCACUUACCUGGCGUUGGAUGGCAACACCUUCUCGGGCUCUCUGCCAGCAGACCUCUCCAGGCUGUCAGCCCUGAAGCACCUGUCGCUGGAAGGCAACGCAGUGGAGGGGCCCAUUCCAGGGGACGUGCUCAACUCCCUCACCGCGCUCACCCUGCUCAACCUGAAGACGAACAACUUUUCGGGCCAGCUGCCGGAGUCGCUCGGGGCACUCACUAACCUGGUUGCACUCAACCUGGGAGCCAAUCAGCUGACAGGAGAGAUCCCAGCAAGUUACUCCGCCCUCUCGCAAAUUGUGUACUUCAAGGCGUCGCGCAACAAGCUGGACGGCGCCCUUCCCGACUGGUUCGGCUCGUGGCCUCGACUCAUGGACCUAGAGCUAUUCAAGAAUGGCUUCACGGGCUCCAUUCCCGACUCUCUCGGCAACGUACAAUCUCUGGUCGCCCUGUCACUGGACGAGAAUGCACUGUCUGGCUCGCUGCCCGCAUCACUGGGAUUGCUGCCACGCCUUGAAGCCCUCUAUGUGGUGUCGAACAGUCUGGAAGGGCCCAUCCCGGAGUCCUUCAGGGGCAUGCAGAGCAUCAAGUACAUCGAUCUGAGCUUCAACCUGCAGCUAUCAGGCCCUCUCCCGGACUUCUUUGGCGCCAUGCCUUCGCUUGAGUCCAUUGCCCUUGAGUCAUGCGGCUUCACCGGCCCCAUCCCACCCUCCCUCGCAUCUCUCCCCAACCUGAGAGAGCUUUUCCUCGACCACAACGCGCUGCACGGCGCCCUGCCGCCCUCCCUGGCCACACUCUCCGCACUCACAGCUCUCUACCUCAACAGCAACCAGCUCUCGGGAGCGAUUCCCGAGGACCUGUGUGGGCUGGGGUCGCUGGGGGUGGUCAUGCUGGGACAUAACGACCUGGAGGGGGCCAUUCCCGCAUGCCUGCUUGCGCUGCCCAACAUCACCACGCUGGACCUAUCGUCCAACCGCCUGUCAGGCCCCGUCCCACCCGUCCCUCCCGCCUCCUCCAUUGACUUCCGAGUCGGCGGAAACUGCCUGGAAGGAGCGCCGCAGCAGCUCUCCCCUUGCCCCACAGGGAGGAGGCCGCAUGGCCUGGCACUGGCGGCCGCAACAGUGGCAGCAGCACCGGCAGCACUGGGAGUACUGGCAGCAGCAGCAGCAGCAGCAGCAGCAGCAGCAGCAGCAGCAGCAGCAGCAGCAGCAGCAGCAGCAGCAGCAGCAGUGGCGGCAGCAGCAGCGGUGGCGGCAGCAGCAGCGGCGGCAGCAGCAGCGGAACGGGGUGGGAGGACAUAUGGAACUCGUCCCCAUCGCUGGAGGAGGGCGCUUGGCCCGUGGACCCCCUCAUACAGACCGACAAACCUAAAGGCUCAGGGGCAGGCGCAGGGGCAGCAGCACACUCACCCCCGCCGUCACCCGUGCAGCAGCAGCAGCAGCAGCAGCAGCCCCCUCCGGUUCAACCUCCUCCAGUUGAACCUCCACCGGUUGAGCCGCCACCGGCCCAGCCUCCCCCGGUGGAGGCUCCCCCCCGGGCCACAUACGGCGUGCCUUCCCCUACCCUCUCGAAUGGAGCCCCAGACAGGAGCCAUAUCUCACCCGCGUGCCUUCCCCUACCCUCUCUUCUCGCCUCUCCACCUCCCCCCUUUCCCAUCCCCUCUUCUUCCUCUUCUUCCCCCCCCUGUCUUCUCUGCCCCUCCUUUAUCUCCUCUUAUCGCCUCUCCCACUAUCCCCUCUGCCGCAUCUCCCCCUAUUCCCCCCACCCCAUCUCCCCCUAUUCCCCCGCCCCAUCUCCCCUUAUCCACCCUGGUUCAUUCCCCCGCUGUAGUGGCAGCAAUGGCUGCUGCGGACCAGGGCAGCAGCACAGACAACACAAGCACAGGCGCAGCAGCAGCAGCAUCUGGAUGGGGCUGGCUCAACUUCCUGCUGCUGGCACUCGCCCUCGCUUCAGCCAUCGCCAUUGCCGCUGCAUGCUUUGGAUACAUCACCCAGCGCAGACCCCCCUCCUCCUCCUCCCUCGCCAUCGCCCCGCCUCUCACCCUGCCUCCCCCGCGCGUUGAAGAGCUGCCAGUGACGGAGUACGGGUUGUCAAAGAUAAAGCGCGCCACAAAGAACCUCACCACGCUGUACGGCAAGGGCAGCUUCGGCUCCGUGUACCUCGCGCAGGACUUCCUACCCGACCGUGCCAACCCGCAUGUCAUCAUCAAACGAGCACACGACCCUGAGAAGAUGAGCGAGGAGCAGUUUAAGGAGAAGGUGGACGAGCUGGCGAGGGCGAGACACCGGUGUCUGGUGGCGCUGCUGGGGUACUGCAUGGGCAAGACAGAGCGCAUGCUCGUCUUUGAAUACAUGCCCUAUGGCACUCUCUUCGACCGCCUCCACCGGUCGAACCUGGACCCCAUGCCGUGGGAUGCAAGGGUGCGGGUGGCGGUGAACGUGGCGUCAGCGCUGGCCUAUCUGCACCACGGCGUGGACCCGCCUCUCACCCACCGCGCUGUCACCUCCUCUAACGUGCUGCUUGGCGCUGACAUGACUGCCAAGCAAUUGCCUCUCACCCACCGCGCCGUCACGCCAUCCAAUGUGCUGCUCGGCGCCGACAUGACUGCCAAGCCUUUAUUCCCCCUUUCAUCCCUCCGUCCCUCCUCCCCACCCACACAACACCAGCUCUCCGACUACGGGCUGGCGCGGGGCUGUGCAGCGCAGGCAGCAGACGACCUGGCGCGGCGGCGCCGGGCCCACCGCAGCUCGCGCAGCCGCGGCACGAGCAUCGGCAGCACGGGCCAGCUCGACAGCCUCCAAGGCGGCAGCAGCGCUGGCAGCAGCGCCGGCAGCAGUGGCGACUUGCUGGGCGGCGUGGGCGGGCGGUCGUUUGGGAGUGGGAGGCGGCGGGGUGGAGGGGGGGAGAGUGAGAGCGACACCGAUGGGGAGGCUGUGCUGUCGCGGGAGAGCGCGCCGCACUUCGCGAGGGAGAGGGAGAGCACGCCGAUUCUUUCAAGGGAGAACACGAUUUUGAGCAUGGAUGAGAGGAAGGCGGAUGUGUAUGGGUUCGGAGUGGUGCUGCUGGAGUUGAUCACAGGGCAGAAGGCCAUGCAGGACGUGCAUAUCACCAGCCUGGUACGCCGCGGUGAAAUGCACGUGAUCAGAAUAAGCGACCUUCAUCUCUCACCUUCUCUCCCUCGCCCCAUUCUCCCCGCGUCCCCUCGUUUCACUCGUCUCCCUCUAUCUCCUGACAUACAUCAGGCGGCGCCCUUCCUGGAGGACGAUCAGAUGAUGCCCCUCAUGGCUGACAGCGCCCUCGCAGGCUAUUUCAACCAGGACGAGCUCAUUUCACUCGCCUCCAUUGCCCGUGACUGCGUGCACCAGGCACCUUCCCAGCGCCCCUCCAUGCUCGACGUCCUCACAGCCCUCGAGGACACAGUAGACGAGGACCUCCUCUCUUCCCUCCACGGCCCCUCCACCCGCCUCCUCUCGCCCAGCUCCACUGCCAGUGGCAUCACCAGCACCAGCAACGGGGACCGGUAUACUGCCCUGGCCAAUGACGGCGCUUUUGACGAUGCUGCCACGGGAGGGACGGGGACGGGGAUGGGGGGAGGGGGAGCGGGGAAACGGAGCGGUGGGUCGUCAUUCAUUGAUGCUAUCUCGGCGUCGUUCCGGAGGCGAGGGGGUGGGGGGGAGAAGGGUGGGGGGAAAGGGGAGGGGAUGCAGAGGGGAUCGGGACAAGCCCCCCCGUCGCCGAAUCGGUCGGGGAGGAGUGAUGCAUCGGAUAUAGAGAGCUCGUCGCUGCUCUAUAUCACUCCCAAGGGUCACUGA